CGAGUCAUUAGGUAGGUGACGUGUCGUCGGUUCAGUCAGUGUGGUGGGGAUUAUUGAACCACAGUAAAUUAGAUAUGCUGGAAUUAAAAUGGGUAAAAUAAGAUACACAGGCUGUUUCAACACAGCAUGGAUCUCAAAGUCUUCCGUGCAGACAUUUCUCCUUGGAUUUGCCUUUGUUAGCCUUGGAUCAAGCCGUGUUCUUCUGAUGAAAUUUUCUGCCAAUGAAGAUAAUAAAUAUGAUUAUGUUCCAGUGACUGUGAAUAUUUGUGCUGAGUCUGUAAAGCUGCUAUUUUGCAUGAUAAUGGCAUUGAGGGUCAUUGUUAAAGAGAAACGUUCAUUGAGGUGCUCCGCGUGUUUUUCUUUGAAGGAGUUUUUCCGAUACAUAAAAUGGUCUGUUCCAGCAUUCCUUUAUUUUUUGGACAACAUAAUCAUUUUUUAUGUUUUGACCUAUCUGCAGCCAGCUUUGGUUGUUUUGUUGUCCAAUUUUGUUAUCAUUACGACUGCAUUCUUCUUCAGGAUUGUGCUGAAACGCCAUCUUUCCUACGUGCAGUGGGCCUCACUCAUAAUUUUAUUCCUGUCCAUUAUGAGUCUCACAUCCCAGAAGGGAUCGGUUCAUGAAGAUGUGUCAGUUCAUGAAAGCCAUCACAUUUUUCAUGCUGCCCCAUCCAAUAGCUGCAUUUACUUGAUACCGCCAGAAACAGGUUUUCAGGACUCCAACAGCCUAAAAGCCAUAACAAACUUGAAGACUAGCUCCCUUGGGUUUGGUCAUUUUCUGAUUUUACUGCAGUGCUUCAUUGCUGCUUUGGCCAAUAUCUACAAUGAGAAAAUACUCAAGGAAGGGGACCAGAUUUCCGAGAGCAUUUUUAUACAGAACAGCAAACUUUAUGUGUUUGGUGUUUUAUUUAAUGGGCUCACCUUGGUUUUGUACAAUGAGCACUUUACUAAAAUAAAGUCCUGUGGAUUUUUUUAUGGGCACAAUGCAUUUUCAGUUGCCCUUAUAUUUGCUACUGCCUUUGCUGGAUUGUCUGUUGCUUUUAUAUUAAAAUUUAGAGACAACAUGUUUCAUGUCCUGACAGCACAAGUCACAACAGUGAUCGUUACAGUUGUAUCUUUUUUUGUAUUUAAUUUCAAGCCUUCCAUGGAAUUCUUUUUGGAAGCACCAGUAAUACUGUUGUCUAUUUAUAUCUAUAAUGCAAGUAAAGUUGCAGAAUCCAAAGCUACUGUACAAGGAGAGAAACUCAAAAUAGUAAAUGGAGACGUCUGGGAACGUUCCAGUGGGGAUGGGGAAGAGCUUGAAAAAUUGACCAAAGCAAACGAAGAUUCAGAGACAGAUGAAGAAAUCUUUUAGAAAGGAAACGUUUAUGACUUUCCAGCUAUGAAGAUGGAUUGUGAAUAUAUUUGUAUUUACUUUUGAAAAAAUAUGAUCCUGGAAUAUUAUUUCUCCCACACAAAGUAAAUUGUGAACUGCACAUGAUGGACCAUAUGUACUGUGUAGUCCUAAUCUGUGUAACACCUUCCCUUCUGGGCAGUAGGGGGCGAUAUUUAUUAGGAUCGAGAAGGUGGAGGAGAACAGCUCAGUGAAUAUGACCCUAUAAGCUAUUUUACUGGAGUGCCUUAGAUACUUUGUAACAUUUUGUAAGGUAUCUACCAUAAAGGACAUUCCAUAUAUAUAUUUUUUUUUUUUUUUAAAUAACUUAUUGUAUUACCAAAGUUAUUAAUAAUGCAAAGUGCAUAUACACAGAAUUUUUGACAUUAUAAAGACUUUGACAAUUCUAAAAUAAUAAAUUAAAAUCAUCUCUUGUAGCCCAAAAGUCAAAACAUCA